AUGAAGAUCAUGAAUCGAGGAAGAUCGCGUGUGUCCAUGGCUCGUUCUACACCAUUGCAUCUCAAUGAUGAAGUUGAGAAUGCAAGUUUAGAAUCACAAGUGCCUCUUGAAAUUGAUGUAACACCAUCUGUUAUAUCCAACAAGAAGAAAAGAGGUCCGAAUAAAUUCACUAAGUUCAAUCAGCUUUUUAAGGAUGGUCGUCCUGCUGAGAUAACAAUCCCUCCCAAGGCAAGAGGACCUGUAGGAAAAAAUGUGAGUUAUUUUAGUAGGAGGGUAACACAUGUCGUUCGUGAACACGUCGAGCUCUGGCAUAGUUCUUGGACUCGUGUCCCACCAAGUGAGCAGCAACGUGGUGAUAAAGACUUAACAAUCGCCAAGACAAAAGUUCCAAAGCUUAUCUCACAGCCCAUGUGGCUUAAGAUAUGCGAGUCAUUUGAAAACAAAGAAUGGAAGGACAAGUCCACACGUAAUAAGAAGAAUAGAUCGGAGUUGAAGACCAAUCACACAUCUGGCUCUAGAUCUUUUCUUAAUCAUCGCCAUAGUGAGGCAGGAGAGGAUGAAGAAGAGCCCAAUCUAAUUGACUUUUAUAAGAUCUCUCACACAAAUAAAGACGGGAAAUUUGUGACUCCGCAGUGUGAAGAACGAUACAAUUUGAUGGUAGAAAAGUUGGCUGACAAAGAGGUAGAAGUAGAUGAAGAGGAAAUAUUUACACAAGCUCUUGGUGGGAAACGUUCUGGCCAUGUUAGAGGGAUGAGAAAAUUUGUCAUACCUACUCCAUCCUCUUCUUCGCAAGUAUAUGGCACCCAACUCAACCUUGAGUUGGAGGAAACAAAUAGAAAAAUAGAAGAAUUGCAAAAUGAGUUGGUGGAAAAAGAUAGAAAAAGAGAUGAACAAAUAGAGGAACUGCAAAAUGAGUUAGUGGAAAAAGAUAGAAAAAGGGAUGAACAAAUAGAGGAAAUUAGACAAGAAUCAAAGCGCCAAUUUGAUCUCCUAAUGUCACGUGUUUUAGGAACACAAGGUUUGAAUAUUGCUCAUUUUGAUUGGAAUGUUUAA